ACAGUGCAAGCAACAACGCGCAAUGCGAACCGGUCAGCUCCCACUUUGCUCAGCACUAGUCAGCUCAACCAAUUCCCAAAACCUCUCUCCCACGCAAAAACCAAAAUUCUUCCAAACCGCCAUACCCUCUAUUCCGACCAAACCAAAACUCGUCAUCAUCAUUCGAUCAAUCCGAGAUUGCUUUUCGAAAAUUCUAAGAAUUAAUUAAAAUUUUGAUCAAACUAAUCUCGCUAUGUCGAUUCCGUAUUUGUUGAAUUCUAGGGUUUGUUCUGUAUUUCUUGUCUUCUCAGUAUUCCUCAGCUGUUUUCCAGGAUUGGUGUUGUCGGCGGAUGUUACAUUGAGAUCGAUGGAGAUAAACACAACCCACGACUGGUUCAAGACAAAACCAACGGUUUAUUUCAUGUGUAAAGACGAGAACAUGACGGUGUUGCCGGAUGUGAAGGAAGCCCAUGUCUUGUAUAAUUUCAAGGGCCAAGAGUCUUGGCAGCCUCUGACAGUAUUUUCAAGUGGAAAAUGCAAGCGAUGUGGAUUUUAUGAGGAGGAUAGAUUAAAAUCAGAUGACGUGUUUGAAGAGUGGGAGUUUUGUCCUAGUGAUUUUACACUUCCUGAUGGGAAAUAUAUCCGAGUCAAGGACAAGGAAUUUAGUGCUACUUUUUUGUGCUCGGAGUGCAUUCCUUUUGCAAAAGCUCCCAAUUCUGCAUCUGACUCUCAUGUAGGAGAAAAGCGAAUGCAUGCUGCUCUAAUCAUAUUGAUCAGCGUUGUGGUUUCAACUGUAUUCAUUCUCGGAGUGGUGGCUGCAUAUAAAUACUGGCAAAAGAAGAAGAGGGAACAAGAUCAGGCUCGGUUCCUGAAGUUAUUUGAAGAUGGGGAUGACCUCGAGGAUGAACUGGGCCUUGGCAAUGUAUUAUGAUGAGGGAUAAAACUUGGUUACCUUUUGUACAGAAAGUUGAUCUCAUAUAAAUUUUGUAACGGGAAACAAAAAUUGUGGACUUUUGAGUGCAAUCUAACAGUGCUGAGAAAAAAAUGUUACUAUAACCUGGGAGAUCUGUGCCAUUGUGUCUUCCAAAUGUGUCUUGGGCAACCUUGUAUCCUUCAAACUGUUGGUGGGAGUUAUGUGCGUUGAUCUCUCGUAACCAUGCCAACGGAUGCAUGAGUUUAUCAAAACAGGUCAAGGGAUGCCUACCUCAGCCCAUACAUGGAGUGUAACUUGUUGCUGGCAUGUACAUAAUGAGAAUUUUAAGGUGCAUUCUGAACAUCUUGAAUCAGCAGUUGUAAGAUCAUAUACAUUGUUUCUACCUAAUAAAAAACAGAAUAAAUUGAACUC